AUGUCGAAAAGGUCUAUCGAGGUCAACGAGGAACAAGAUAGAGUGGUCUCUGCUAAAACAGAAUCUCACUCUGUUCCUGCUAUUCCCGCCUCUGAAGAGCAAGAUGCUCCCAAGAAUGACCUAGAAGAACAAUUGAGUGAUGAAUUUGAUAGUGAUGGUGAAAUUAUUGAAAUUGAUGGCGAUGAUGAGAUUAAUGACGAAGAUGACCUUAGGAAAAAGCAAGAAGAAGCUGAAACUUUAGUACAAAAGGACCAAUCCGAAGGCAACAAAGAAAAGAUCCAGGAGCUUUACUUACCCCAUAUGUCUCGUCCAUUAGGGCCAGAUGAAGUCCUUGAGGCUGAUCCCACUGUUUAUGAAAUGCUACAUAAUGUCAAUAUGCCAUGGCCAUGCUUGACAUUAGAUGUCAUUCCAGAUACACUAGGUUCUGAACGUAGAAACUAUCCACAGUCUAUUUUGUUGACCACGGCUACUCAAUCUUCCAGGAAAAAGGAGAAUGAACUAAUGGUUCUAGCACUUUCUAAUUUAGCGAAAACACUUUUGAAAGACGAUAAUGAAGGUGAAGAUGAUGAAGAGGAUGAUGAAGAUGAUGUGGAUCCAGUCAUUGAGAAUGAAAAUAUACCAUUGAGAGAUACAACCAAUAGAUUAAAGGUUUCUCCUUUUGCCAUUUCUAAUCAAGAGGUGUUAACCGCUACAAUGAGCGAAAAUGGUGAUGUUUAUAUAUACAAUCUAGCUCCACAAAGCAAAGCUUUUUCCACACCAGGUUAUCAGAUUCCGAAGUCUGCUAAGCGUCCUAUUCACACUGUAAAAAAUCAUGGGAAUGUUGAAGGCUACGGGUUGGAUUGGUCACCAUUGAUCAAGACUGGUGCGUUACUAUCAGGUGAUUGCUCAGGACAAAUAUAUUUUACCCAAAGGCACACAUCGAGAUGGGUGACUGAUAAACAACCAUUUACUGUUUCAAACAAUAAAUCCAUAGAAGAUAUCCAGUGGUCUCGCACUGAAUCCACCGUUUUUGCAACCGCAGGAUGUGAUGGAUAUAUAAGGAUUUGGGACACAAGAUCAAAAAAACAUAAACCUGCUAUCUCUGUUAAAGCUUCUAAUACUGACGUAAAUGUCAUAAGUUGGAGUGAUAAAAUUGGUUACUUGCUAGCAAGCGGUGACGAUAACGGUACAUGGGGAGUAUGGGAUUUAAGACAGUUUACGCCAAGUAAUGCUGACGCCGUCCAACCGGUUGCUCAAUAUGACUUCCAUAAGGGAGCCAUUACUUCCAUUGCAUUCAACCCAUUAGAUGAGUCUAUCGUUGCGGUAGGCUCAGAAGAUAAUACUGUGACUUUGUGGGAUUUGUCUGUAGAAGCUGACGAUGAGGAAAUUAAACAACAGGCCGCCGAAACAAAAGAGCUACAAGAAAUUCCACCACAAUUAUUGUUUGUUCACUGGCAAAAGGAAGUUAAAGAUGUCAAAUGGCAUAAGCAAAUCCCAGGUUGUUUAGUAAGUACCGGUACUGACGGUUUGAACGUCUGGAAAACAAUCAGUGUCUAA